AGCAAUUUGCACCCAUCCUAUAGUCCUCUCUCUCUCUCUCUCUCUCUCUCUCUCUCUCAGCGAAAAGGAGACAGAUUUCCGAAACCUCUUGGCGCUCAACCGGCUCCUUGACCGUUUGGAGUCAGUGAUGAGCUGGAUUCGUAUGUCUUGUUAGGUUGUUUCCAGAAAAGAGACAGGCAUGUCUGCAUCCAAUGCUGCGGUUCCAAAUCCUGCAGCAAAUGCUUCAUUGACUUUGGAAUUGAAUGCUACACCAGAAUCACGGAGAAGGGUUGCUGUCACAGAGAAGAAAUCGAGUGUGGAUAAUGAUGGGAACAUGAACGACCUUAAUCGUAAGAUUAGAGGGCAGUCCUUACACGAGAGGCCCAAAAAUAUCACAGAAGUGAAGAGAGGGUUGGUUGCUUCACCCAUUGGUCCACGGCGUAGGAAAGGGAUUCCAAAACCAGAGAAGCUCAAGUGGCAAACUUUCGUAAGUGUUGUUACAAAGAUUUGCCUGCUUCUGGUGGCUGUUUUAUGGCUUGGUCAGUUGAUAUGGAGAUGGGAAGCUAUGAUAAGGUACAACAGGGACUUCUCCUCUUUAGAUAGUGAGAGCAGGCUAUUCGAAGUGGAGACAUCUAUGAAAAGCGUUGCAAAAAUGUUGCAAGUUCAGGUGGAUGUUGUGGAGAAAAAGAUUUUUACUGAGGUAGGAUUUGCAAAGAGAGAGCUGAAGAAGCAAGUGGAAGAAAAAGAUCUGAUGUUUGAGGAGGAACUGAAGAGGCUGGUUUCUCAAACUGAUAACUUGGAUAAGUCAUUAGCAGAAUUGAAAGGCAUGGGAUUCUUGCUGAAGGAGGAGUUCCGAACUUUUUUGGACAAGUCUAAAGGAAGAAACUUAGGUAGUAGCAAUCAUGAUGUGACUUUGGAUGAUGUUAGAAAUUUUGCCAAGGAGAUAGUGAAAAAGGAGAUUGAGAAGCAUGCAGCUGACGGGCUGGGAAGGGUUGAUUAUGCAUUGUCUUCUGGUGGGGCAAGGGUGAUUAGUCAUUCAGAGCCCUUUGUUGUUGGUAAGUUUAGCAACUGGCUGUCUCUUGGAAAAGGCCGAAAUCGGGUUCAUUCUAAUGCUCAGAAAAUGUUGGAACCUAGCUUUGGAGAGCCUGGGCAGUGCUUUGCUUUGCAAGGGAACAAUGGUUUUGUUGAGAUUAGGUUACGAACAGGGAUAGUCGCUGAGGCAGUGACACUUGAGCAUGUCUCAAAGAGCAUCGCUUAUGAUAGGUCCAGUGCUCCAAAAGAUUGUAUGGUCUCCGCCUGGUUUGAAGAGCCUGGCAGUGAUCCAUCCAAACGUGCUGAGAAGACCUUCAUUUUGAUGAAAUUCUCAUAUGACCUUGAGAAGAGUAAUGCCCAGACCUUCAAAGUGGAGACAGCCAUUUCAGGAAUCAUCAAUAUCGUCCGGCUUGAUUUCUCCUCCAACCAUGGCAGCUCAACUCUGACAUGCAUCUAUCGCUUCAGGGUGCACGGUUACGAGCCCAACUUCACCUCAAAAAAUACAUCAGAAUAGACCACAAACUUGAGUCUGUUAUGUUCAUCUCACAAUUUGUACAAUGGAUAAUCCUUUCGUUCCGAACUCCUUUUAGCCUCUUCCAGAUCUGUUCUCGGCCUGACAUUGUAAAUCUACAAUUACACCUCUUAGCUGGUAUUUUUCA